CUAUGAAAGAGCUUGGGGGAGAAAGCCAACUUCGUCGAGCUACAAUUUCGUAAAGUUUUUCAACACCAGAAUGUCUAAACUAGAGGUGUUCAGGGAUUUUAUCACUGAGCGAUUAACAACAUCAGUUUUGGAGAUAUUCGCAGCCGCUGAGAAAUCAUUUGCCGAAUUCGAAGAGGAGAUUUCUCGUUCGAAGGAGGAGUGCGCGCGACUGCAACGAUUGUUGGACAUUGUAACUCAACCUGAGGUCAAGCUUCACCGAAAAGAUGUGCAUCAGUUCUCUCUCCCGGAGCCCCCACAGAUAAUGAAGGAACAGGAGCUGUGGACCAGUCAGGAGGAAGAGCAGCUCCAAGGACUGCAGUCUGAAACUACACACUCCAUGUUCACUUCUCCCAGUGAGAAACAUGACUGGGAACAGGAGCGCUUUUCUGAAUUUUCACAUCUUGACCAAACUGGUAAAGUAGAGAACAGAGAAGGAGACUCUUUACCCAGCAACACAACAGAGGAGCAAAUAAAAACAGAGCCUCAUGUACAAGACUAUGCAGCACCAGAACUGGACAGUGACUCUCAGCCCCUCUCUGUUGUAGUUCCAGACUGUCCUACAGCUCAGAGUUUGGAGGAGGAAGAACAUGGAGGAGUGCAGCUUUUUCUGAACAGAACACAAGACAGUGAGGCUCUGCCAAGGGAACAUAUACCACAGAGACGUCACACAGGAAAAACUAAACAUCAGUGUCAACAAUGUAACAAAACUUUUAGUAAGAAAAGUAAUUUGUUUACUCAUUUGAGGACACACACAGGAGAAAAACCAUAUCAGUGUCAACAAUGUAACAAUACUUUUAGUCAGAAAAAUAAUUUAGUUUCUCAUAUGAGGACACACACAGGAGAUAAACCAUAUCAGUGUCAGGACUGUAGCAAACUGUAUGCUCGAAGUGAUUAUCUGUUAAAACACAUGAGGACACAUACAGGAGAGAAACCAUAUCAGUGUCAGGAAUGUAGCAAACCCUUUUCUCAAAAUAGUUCUCUGGAAAAACACAUGAGGAUACACAGGAGAGACACUGCAUCAGUUUCAACAAAUUAACAGAUCUUUUGCAGAGAGGCUGAUGCCUAAACAGAGCAAGUUCAAUAUACCUGGGAUAUCUUUUAGUUAACUUGCUUCACUAAGCCUUUUUCCUGGCUCAGAAUGGGCCUUUGAGGAGUGACUAUGCAAAACAGUAAGCAUGAUCGGUCUGCGUUCAGUAAAAGCACUGAGUUACCUUAUGGGUGAAAUCUAUGCAAGUUGUUAUCAUUUGGGAUGGGGUUGGUGUUGUUGAGGAAUAACACUUUAAAGCUUUGUGUCUCUUUUUGGCCUAUCUGGUCUUAAGACUAUACUUUAAUCCUCUAGUCAACCCUCUUUUGAUGAAGAAUAAUAAUGCACUAAGGUUUUGGCCAAUUUUUCUAAGUUUGAAACAGCACUGAAACUCAACAAGGUCUGAUGCAAAGUGUUUAUUAGAAUCCAAGACAACAGAAUGACAGGGAUUCCAACAAACUGAGGGCCUCAUGUACUAACGCUUUUGCGCCCACUUCAGGCAUAUUUGUUUAGCAAUUUGCGCGUAAAAGCAUGGCGAGGUAAGUGUUUUUUUUUCUCUCCCACAUUCCAGGCCUACGUUUGGCCUUGAAAUCCAGCUGCGCUGGGCUGCUGACCGUAGGGUCAUAAAUCUGUCCCAUGAUAUCGGGGCCUUGUAGUUUUCUAUGGAAAAAGCAUAUAGCCUACACAGUCUUCUCUUGCCCUCAGCCCCUAAAUAUCCAGAUUUGCACUUUGGGCCUAAUAUCUUCUCAGUGGCAAUACUAAUCAGUCAACAGCUUUGCAUCUGGUUUUCAGUAAUAUAGCAUAUAAAAGUAAAAAGGGUGAGGUUCAUUUUCAAUCACAUAAUCCAUAAUCCUUCUCCAUCUUUAGUGUGAUGUUUUUUACACCACAUUUUCCCUCCCUCAUCUCGCUUUUCUUUCUUUUUGUCUCUGGUUGUGAAGGAAAAUAUUUAGUUGCUGUGACUCAGUGUUUCUCCAAGGGAUCUUCAGAAGUUGUAUAGCUUAAUUACUAAUUAGACAGAGGAAGAAAAUUAAACUGACCAGGAAGAAACAAGCAGGAAGACAAAAAAUUGAACAUGACCAAAACAGACAGUUUGCAUUGUGAGAGACACAAUAUAUAAAUCUUUAUUUCAGACGGCAAGUUCUAUAUAAAAUAACAGACAUAGAACUAUAAAAAAUAGAGAAAAAACAAAAAGAUACAACAUACGUAAUACAGUGCAUUAAAAAGUAUAAAGACUUUUGGGCCAAUGUCGUCUUAAGCUAGAAGUAAAUCGAUAGCAGCUCUUUAGAGGGUUGACCAGAGCCUCUACUAUGCAGUUCUCAGACUUGUCCAGUUGACACAUGAAACAUCAAUUGUCUCAAGAGCGCCUCCCAGGUUGGUACGUGCUUAGACACAAACGUCUGACUAGCACUAUGUCACCUAGGCACAUGAAGCAGCACUAUGUCACCUAGGCACAUGAAGCAGCACUAUGUCACCUAGGCACAGGAAGCAUUACUAUGCCACCUAGGCACAUGAAGCAGCACUAUGUCACCUAGGCACAUGAAGUAGCAGCACUAUGUCACCUAGGCACAUGAAGCAGCACUAUGUCACCUAGGCACAUGAAGCAGCACUAUGUCACCUAGGCACAUGAAGCAGCACUAUGUCACCUAGGCACAUGAAGCAGCACUAUGUCACCUAGGCACAUGAAGCAGCAAUCUAAAAGUAUCAUUGUAAGCUACUUUCAGUCUCUGUAUACUCCUUAGAGCUUAAUAGACCACAAAUUAGCAUUGUACAAUGGUGUUAUGUAGGUUCCAAACAGGGAACAUUUAACUGAAUCUGAGCACAUAGAAAACUUCCUUACUAACUUAUUAGCCUGGGAAUAUAUUUUACAGCGCUGUCGAUAUAUAUCGUUGUCAUCUGUCCAAUCAUCAGAAAUGACAUGGCCCAGAUAUUUUAUUUUACUCACAAACACGAAGGGAAAUGCCAGAUAAAUAAAAGGUAGGGAAGGUUCAUUUCCUGUCCUGAUUACUUCUGACUAUCAUUAUGUGGUUUUCUUUGCAUUUUAUUUUAUAUCAUGAUCUAAGCCAUACUGAGAGCACACCCAUAGCAUCUGUUGCAGCCCAGCACUGUAUGGGCUGAGUAAAACCAAAUCAUCUGCGUACAUCAGGUGAUUGACAAUAGAUUCACCUACAAGACAGCCUGUAUUUGUCUUGUUCAGCUGGCUUGAUAAGUCGUCCAUAUAAACAUUAAACAAAAAGGGAGAUAAAAUUUCUCCUUGUUGAACUCCGUUACCAACAUAGAAAGGAGCUGAUACAACAUUGUCCCAUUUAACAUGAAAAGUUUGAAUGGCAUUCCAGAACACCAAAAUCCUCACUAGAGGUUUAGGGACACCUCUCGCUAGCAGCUUCAUAAACACGUUUUUCAUGACAAAUUCGAUCGAAAGCUUUGGAAGCAUCAAUAAAGCAUAAAAAUACAGAGGAAUUAAGACUUGUGUACCUAGAGAUAAUCUCCUUCAGAUAAUAGAUACAGAGAUCAGUACCAUGUUUUCUUUUAAAACCAAACUGAUUGUAAGAAGUCAGAACAUACAUUUCCGAUUUCAUUAAUAGAAUUCUCUCAAACACUAGACAAGAUACUGCCCAAUGCAAUGGGUCGAUAGUUGUCUAUGCUGUUCAGUUUACCAGCCUCAUAUUUAAGAACAGGCACUAACAGCACUGACAUAAUAGAGUUCGGUAGAACACCAUGAACCAUAAUUCCAGUGAGACACAUGGCUAGUAAUGG